UUAUUUUAUUACUUCAUAUGUUGUAAUAUUUAUUAACCAGCAUUUCAUAGCGUUCUCAGUAGCAUCACGUGACCUGCAGCGUUAUUAUGACUUUGUUAUUAUAACAAAACACCUUUUAUUAUACAUCACGUCGUGGGUGUUUCCGUGUAACGUAAUGAAAAUAUUAGUCACACGUUUUCUGUUUCAUCUUACUACAUCUGUGAACAGUGUUCUAUACGGGGCACACAAUAAUGUACAGUAACAGCACCUUGAUGUCCAAAUUUGUCUACCGGCACUCGAGCUCCGCCCACGCGUAUUUAAAACCCACAAUGUCACCCGACGCACAGUUACACACUGGAGAACUUGAUCUUGACAAAGACGCUUGGAUUCGUGUUAAGGAGAGAAAAAAAAAGCUUCCAACAAAAGAGUCCAAGAUCCUGAGAAGGCUUCAUCUCCAGUCUCCGGUCUCUGACCCAUCACCCAGCUGGGGCCGUGUCGCUUUUUCCUCCAACCGUCCAUUUUCUCCCCACGCUCGGGGUUUAAAGUUCGCCCACUCUGUGGCGUCACCCCUCCUUUCCAAAGAGGGCGCAAAGUUGGCCCGGAGAUGCGGUCCCUUCUGCCGCUCACUCUCUAUUGCAUCAGCCUGGUUUCCCUCCGGCAGCCGCUGGUUUUGGCGCAGGAGGAGUCUCCCGACGAGCACAGGCUGGACUUCAUUAACCAGAGGGAGGACAAUGCCCUGGUUUCAUCUGAGACCACCUUCCUCUCCUCAUUGUCCAGGCUGCGCUCACAACGCUUCACCGCCCACCUCAGACAUCUGGCAUGGGCACGGCUUGCUCUACAAUCCCAGCUCAAGCAGCGUUCAAGGGUUUCUCGCCACAAGGGGAGGACUCUGCCGAGCCUGGAAUGGGCCCUGCCCACGGAAGGCACACAGGUCCAGCAGAGAUUGUCAAGGGUUCGUCGCCAUGCCGCCUUGCGAGGGGGUCACUACCAGCACAAUCCCCAGCUGAUGAGAGUCGGGUGCGUCCUGGGAACCUGCCAAGUGCAGAACCUCAGCCACCGGCUCUACCAGCUCAUUGGCCAGACGGGCAGGGAGGACUCGUCCCCCAUUAACCCCAGAAGCCCUCACAGUUUUGGAUGAGUUCAUGUGACCUCCAGUUACCCACAGCAAGCCUAUCUAUAUCUCCCCUUAUUUAUGUUUUAAUGUAUUACUGCUAUUGUUUGCAUUCGAGUUUGAAGUAGAGUACUCCUAAAGUACAUUCUGUUAUAUCUCUUUGUACUAGUCCUAAACGACUGAAUUUGGUGCCUCGCUACUUUUUUGGGGAUGAGUGAUGAAUUUGAGGAUUCAAAUUCAAGCUUAUGACUGACUGCAAUCCUUUUGAAAAGUUUUCACACCACCCCUAAGAAGAUUUUCUUUGUUUGAAGGACGCUGAGACUCUCCCAACUAAACCCUCAAAAGAAACCAAGAGGCUGCCGGUUUAACAUCCUAAUCCUGUUAACGUCAGAAUGAAGACUUGUCUUCAACACUAUCUGUAGGUCUGGUUAUCCCACGGCUCAUUGAUCAAACACUUAAACCCCUAAUGUGGAUUUCAAUCUGCACUCGGAGCUGGAGAACCUGUCAAAACCAAUCUAGUCUCAAAGACCUUGUAAACGACCCGAUGAACCCGUUUACCUCAUUUCCGCGUGCCCCGUCUUUUUGUGAACUUUGCAACUCACGUAUCUUUUCACCGUGGCAUGUGCAACCUUAGUGUCAAGGCUGAUAUCACUGGAAUGGGACGCAAAUUUUUAGUCAAGAGUUUGUCAGCUGCGCAGGCCAAAAAAACAUGUGGGUUACACCCAAAAGUCUAAAAGCUGAGUCAGCAGCAAACCGCACAAAGUCAUAAAAAAGUUAAGGGCUGGUACUCAGCACUUUGGAGAGAGUCUGACUGUGCAAACCAUCAGUUUCCAUGUGGCCUUACAGUGACUGGUUGGCUGGUGCAGUAGGAGUCAAAGUGAACCUUGGAACCGCGGAUCAGUACUGUUGUGCCACGGCUAAAAUAUUAGCCCUUUCACAUGUUUCAUAAGUUUCCUGUGCUCCUGAGGUGACAGCACGUUAUUAAACCUGGCUUAGCGAUUUUAGUCAUAUGUGCCUUAGCAGCAGGAGGGAGCCCCUCGGCUGAUUCUCCAUUGGGCUGUACUCAAAACAGGCAAAUAGGAAAGGCGCGUUGAUCUUUAUUUCACAUGGAAAUGUGGAGGGGAUCAUGAAACCAUGAAAGGUCAACUGUUCCCUGCGUCUCCUCUAGUUAACACUGCACAACAGUGGUUAAAUUUUUUUAAUUUUAAAAAAAUCGAAGGAUUUCUUUUCUCUAUUUACAUCUAACAUUGACGGAGGUGGGCGGGUCACAGACUGAAGUCGUCAAGCGUGCUUUAAUGUAUAAUCUGAUUUUACCAGAAAAUCACACACACACACACACACACACACACACACACACACACACACACACACACACACACACACACACACACACACACACACACACACACACACACACACACACACCUUCCCCAGCUCCUAACCCCAACCAUCACAACUAAAGGCAGACGUCCAACCUUUGCUCUAAUCCGAACCAAACCUCAAUUCUAACCUCAGCCCUGAAAUCACAUCUUGACCCUCAAAAAGGCCUUUAAAUUUGUGGGGCCCGGCCAAAGGGCCCCACAAGUGACCAUAGGGCCAUGCAGAUUAUUCAUUAUAUUUUCCACUUCCACAUGUUUAAACUCAACAAAUACCUGACAAUACUUGACAAACUGAAAGGCUUCAUAUGUGAUUCAUAUUAUACAAUAACGUGACUAUUUACUGUCUGUUGACCUCUCCUUUCACGCUUCUGGCUCUAAACAUGGGGACCUGGAGCCCACGGUAGUUCCUAAGUAGUUCCGCAAAGAGUAGUUCCCGAGGCUCACGUCUAAUCUGUUUAAGGAAUGAGGUGGAAUAUUGCCCCUUUUCUCUGCUGUAAUGGAGCUAAUUGAUGUCUUGUGACAGAUCAUUAAAAGGCUUUUCGAAACACUGAAAGACCCUGGUGGAUCUGUCUGCUCUGUACAAAUGUGUGUGUAAGCAGGCUGAAGAAUGUGCUUUCAGAAUUCUUAUCUCUCGUGUUUGAUCUGUGCUCUGGACCAUUGUGCACCCUGUAUUGUUUUUUUUAUUGUGUGGUGUGUUUCGUGGCAUCAGGCGCUGCGUCAUGCGAAGUACGACCGAUACCUCCCCCUAAGAAAUAGUCAGAGCCUCUUUAUGCCUCUGUAUCACAGUCAAGCUAGAGUUAGAACAGCAGAAAGGCUUUGCGUUUGCUUUGCAGAGCAGCUUUGUUUUGUUUGUUUUUGAAAGUCACAUGAUUUUCUUUGGAGGGGAGGGGGGUCAUAGGAAAAGCACUUUAAAACGCAAGCGCGUGUAUCGAAUUGUUUGUCGCAACUUGAAUUGUUCGCUCCUUGCAACAAACUUGUGAAAGCCUCCUUUACUUUGCAUCAGAGAUUUUCCGGGAAUGUGAAAAUCUUGUGAAUAUAUAUACAUAUAUAUGUACAGUAUAUAUCUAUAUAUAUAAAUAUAGAGCAAACUAUUUAAAGAAAGUUAUGUAUUAAGUAAAAUUCUGUAUGUAUGUGUAUUUAAGUUAUCUGUGUAUGUUAUUAUAUCUGUAUGUCACCAAAGACUAUUUAUCUUUUCCAAUGCUCAUUAAAUGUGACGUUAAGAUAGAAAAGGACUUGUUAUCUGUUACUGUUUGAUAGAUAUGCUUCACUGUGUAAAAUAAAAAAUCUAUACCGCA